AUGUCCUCUGGAAAGAUCUUUACGUUGAGCAACGGGGUCAAGAUCCCCGGUGUUGGCUUCGGUACCUUCGCUAGUGAGGGUUCCAAGGGCGAGACCAAGGCUGCUGUCCUGGCUGCCCUCCGUACUGGCUACCGUCAUCUGGACUGUGCCUGGUACUACCUCAAUGAGGAUGAGGUUGGUGAGGGUCUCCGGGAAUUCCUCCAGGAAAACCCCUCCGUCAAGCGGGAGGACAUCUUCAUCUGCACCAAGGUGUGGAACCACCUUCACCGCUACGAGGAUGUCCUCUGGUCCGUGAAUGACUCGCUCACGCGCCUCGGACUGGACUACGUGGACCUGUUCCUGGUCCACUGGCCCAUUGCCGCCGAGAAGGAUGGCCAGGAGAAGCCCAAGAUCGGCCCCGAUGGCAAGUACGUCAUCCUCAAGGACCUCACCGAGAACCCCGAGCCCACGUGGCGCGCCAUGGAGAAGAUCUACGAGGACGGCAAGGCCAAGGCCAUUGGUGUCUCCAAUUUCACCAUCCCGCAGUUGGAGCAGAUGGCCAAGUACGCCAAGGUGAUGCCGCACCUCAACCAGAUCGAGGUCCACCCGUUCCUGCCCAACGAGGAGCUCGUCAAGUACUGCUUCUCCAAGAACAUCAUGCCCGAGGCCUACUCGCCGCUGGGCUCGCAGAACCAGGUGCCCACGACGGGUGAGCGGGUCAGCGAGAACAAGACCCUCAACGAGAUCGCCGAGAAGGGCGGCAACACCCUGGCCCAGGUGCUGAUCGCCUGGGGUCUGCGUCGUGGCUACGUGGUGCUCCCCAAGAGCUCCAACCCCAAGCGCAUCGAGUCCAACUUCAAGAGCAUUGACCUCUCGGAUGCCGACUUUGAGGCUGUCAACAAGGUUGCCGAGGGCCGCCACUUCCGCUUCGUCAACAUGAAGGACACCUUUGGCUACGAUGUCUGGCCCGAGGAGACGGCCAAGAACCUGUCGGCGUAA